AACUAUAUUAUCAUUAUCGGUUAAUCAAAAGAGGACUAGAGAGAUAUCACGAAUGGAGCCAACAGAUCAUCAAGUCCCAAGUAUCGAUGAGCUACACAAGCGCAUCUCCGCGAUUGAGCAGAAAACACCAAGAAAGAGACAUCUUGGAGCAUUGAUUAGUGUUUCAGAAGAGGAGUUGAAGAUCCGGGAUGAGCUCGAGGAAGAUGUGGAAAGAAAUCUAGAAGAAGAGAUUAAAGAUCAAAUAUACCAUCUUUCUCUCAGGCUUAGCCGGCUUUAUCAACACCGGAAGGAAAUAAUUAACGCAAGGGGAGGCCACGAUCUCCACCCAGAAAGGUCGUUUUGCGAGGUGAACAUAAGCAUCAAGAUGGAAGGAGGGAUGAAGAUACAAAUUAAAGAGACCAAGAAACCGGAAUCUCAAGACAUUAGAGCCCGGCCCCAUCAUCGGGUGGCAGCUCCUGUGUCGGCAGCAUCCCGUUCUGUGGCUUCUACAUCAGGGAAAAGUUUCAAUUGGGUAAGAACUCUUCGAUCAUCAUGAUAUGAUAUUACAAGAGGAGAUUCUCAUUAGCGGUCUAUAUAUGAUCGGGGAAGCACCGAUAUAAGGACGUGAAUAUGAAUAUUAGUACUCCAAACUUGGAUUGGAGAAAACAAAGAGAUGAUUUGUAUAUUAGAGCAUGUUCACUAUUCGUGUACUUCUUGGCUUGUCGUAAGUUAUUACGUAUAUUAUGGCCCUUGGGUGACAUCAUAUUUAUAUAUACGAAUAAUGGCCAGAGAUUUACAUCUAGGUCGUAAGUUGUAAGUUUAUGGUGUGAUGAAUACGUCUGAAAUGUGUUAUUUCUCUAUUUUCUUAAUGGGUGUAUUUCUCUAUUAGCUUCAAGUUAUUGAAUCGA